AUGACAUUUCAAACUGUUUCAAACUCGAAAAACAUGGCGCUCUUCAAUAAAGGGGAUUGGUGUACUCCUACACCGUUUUGGCAUAAUGGACCGGCACCCGGCGCAUUUUACCAUUUUCCUGGAGGUUCCUCGCAAUCCGAUGUUGGAGGAUUUCAGCGAUCACAGUCUCCGAUGACAACAGGUACAUCUGUAGUCGGAAUUCAAUUCAAAGAUGGUAUCCUUAUAGCAGCAGAUGUUCUUGGAUCCUAUGGAUCAUUGGCUCGGUUCAGAAAUCUUGAACGCGUGAUGAAAGUCAACAACAACAUCAUUCUUGGUGCAGGAGGAGACUAUGCAGACUACCAAUGCCUUAAAAGCAACAUCGAAAGGAAAAUUUUAGAGGAAUCGUGUUUGGAUGAUGGAUUAUCUCUGAAGCCAAAAUCUUUGCAUUGCUGGUUAACUAGAGUAAUGUACAACAGAAGAUCUAACUUCAAUCCAUUCUGGAAUAACUUUGUUAUUGGUGGCAUAGAAGAUGAUAAACUCUUCUUAGGUACUGUGGAUAAGCUUGGCACAGCUUAUAGCGAUCCAGUAAUUGCCACUGGAUAUGGUGCAUACAUGGCAACACCUAUUCUAAGAAAAGCUUAUGAAGAAAAUAAGGAAAUGACCAAAGAGCAGGCAAUGGAACUUUUGUACAAAGUGAUGCAAGUUCUGUAUUACAGAGAUGCACGAUCUUUCCCAAAAUAUCAACUUGGUAUAAUAACAAAGGAAGGAGGUAUUGAGAUACAAGGACCAAUAUCGCUAGACAGCUAUUGGGGACCUGCCAUCAUGUAAAGAUCAAUAUAAUAAACUUUUUCUUAAUAAAUAUAUUUACAUGUAA